AUGAGUAACAUAAAUAUUGUAUGUUUGGGAGGGGCUAGCGAAGUAGGGAGAUCAUGUGUAAUAAUAGAAAGUGAGAAAACGUCGAUUAUGCUAGACUGUGGAAUACAUCCAGCUUUUAUGGGGAUUGGGUGUUUACCUAUAUAUGAUGCAUAUGAUAUAUCAAAAGUUGAUGUCUGUUUAAUUACACAUUUUCAUAUGGAUCAUAGUGGUGCAUUGCCAUAUUUAAUUAAUAAAACUCGGUUUAAAGGGAGAGUUUUUAUGACCGAAGCAACAAAAAGCAUUUGUUAUUUACUAUGGAGUGAUUAUGCCCGUAUAGAAAAAUGUAUGAAUUUAAUGAAUAAAAAUAAAUCUAUGAAAAGUAAAAAGGAGUUAGAAGAUAAUGGAUCUGAUGGUAUGGAGAAUAAUAUAAAUAAUGAUGGAUAUAUUAGUAAUGAUGACAAUGAUGAUGCUUAUUAUGAUAGUUAUAUUGUUGAUAGAGAUAAUGAUGAAAAUAGCAAUAAUGUAUUAUAUGAUGAUGAUGAUAUAGACACUACAAUGGAAUUAAUUGAAACAGUUAAUUUUCACGAAAAUAUUGAACUUGAAAAUGUAAAAUUUACUGCAUAUAGAGCAGGGCAUGUUAUAGGUGCAUGCAUGUUUUUAGUAGAAAUUAAUAAUAUACGUUUAUUGUAUACAGGUGAUUACAGUAGAGAGAUAGAUAGGCAUAUACCAAUAGCUGAAAUUCCGAAUAUUGAUGUUCAUGUAUUAAUAUGUGAAGGAACAUAUGGUAUUAAAGUGCAUGAUAAUAGAAGAAAACGAGAGACGAUUUUUUUAAAUAUGUUAACUAAUAUAUUAAACAGUAAAGGAAAGGUAUUAUUACCUGUUUUUGCUUUAGGGAGAGCUCAAGAAAUAUUAUUAAUAUUAGAAGAACAUUGGGAUCGAAAUCCUAAUUUACAAAAAAUUCCAAUUUUUUAUAUUUCUUCUAUGGCUACAAAAUCGUUAUGUAUUUAUGAAACAUAUAUAAAUUUAUGUAGUGAAUUUAUUAAAAAAAUUGUUAAUGAAGGUAAAAAUCCCUUUAAUUUUAAAUAUGUAAAAUAUGCAAAAUCAUUAGAUUCAAUUUUAAACUAUUUAUAUCAAGAUAAUUACCCAUGUGUAAUUAUGGCGUCCCCUGGUAUGCUUCAAAGUGGAAUAUCAAAAAGUAUUUUUAAUAUAAUUGCAUCAGAUAAAAAAAGCGGAGUUAUUAUAACUGGGUAUACAAUUAAAGGGACACUAGCAGAUGAAUUAAAAACCGAACCAGAAUUUGUAACCAUUAAUGAUAAAUUAGUUAAAAGGAAAUGUCAAUUCGAACAAAUUUCAUUUAGUGCGCAUUCUGAUUUCAAUCAAACAAAAACAUUUAUUGAAAAAUUGAAAUGCCCAAAUGUUGUUUUAGUACAUGGUGAUAGAAAUGAAUUAAAUAGAUUAAAAAAUAAACUAAUAGAUGAAAAAAAAUAUUUAUCAGUUUUUACUCCGGAAAUAUUACAAAAGGUAUCCUUUCACUUUGAGCAUAAUGAUCAUGUUAUAUCACUAGGGAAGCUUUCUCACCAUAUUAAAAAAGUUAAUAAAAAAAUUAAAUUACUAAAAAAAAAAAAUCAGCUAAAAUUAGCGGAAAAAAAUGAGUUAGAUAAUGCAGAGGCAAUAGAAGAUGAGCAAGGUCAAGAAGAUUUGAAUGACAAUGAAAAUAUUAUAAAAAAAGAAGAGAUUACUGAAAAUGUUAUUAUUAAAAAAGAACCCGAUGUAGAAAACACGUCUACUGAAUUGAAAAGAAUAGAUGAAGAAAUGGAUGAAAACGAUAUAGGCAUCGAAGAUGAAAUAGAAGCAGAAGAAAUAGAAGCAAUAAUAAUAUCUGAACCGCAAUCUGCCCCUGUUAUUGUUUUUCCUAGCGAUAUACAUGAAUAUACCAAUUUAAAAACAGCAUUAAUUGAUCAGACCAUUAAUAUUAGAUAUCCAUAUAAAUUAGAUGCAUUGUAUAAUGUUCUAAGUAAUGUAUACGAAGAUAUUUUUAUGGAAGAUAACAUAAUUUUUGUUAAAGAUAUAAAAAUAUUAUAUUGUGAAGAGGAAAAAAUAAUAAAAAUUAAUUGGCUAUCAAGCCUUAUUAAUGAUAUGAUUGCGGAUAGCAUAAAUUUUUUAAUCCUUGAAUUUAUGGAUACAAUGGCAUCUAAUAAAAAAUGUUUAUCAAUUUGUAAUAAUACAACGGACACCCAAAUAUAUGAAAUGAUAGUUGAUUUUGUUGAAGAAAAUUAUACAAAUGUUGAAAGAAUAUUAAAAAGAGAUAUAAAGCAAGCUUUAUUGUUAUGCAUUAAUAAAAAUAGUGAAAACGAUUCUACAGAAAAUCUUAAAUCUGCUUUGAAUGGAGAGAAAAAGAAAAAAAUAAAUAUGAAGAGCAAUGCCGAGGAGAAUAUAGAAGAUUUAAAUGAAAAUGAAUUGACCUUAAACUCGGGAAAUAACAAUAGAAAAAAUAUAAAUUUUGAAAUGUAUGAUAAUUUAUUUUUCGAUUAUAUGAAAAAUACGAUUAACGAAGAAAAGUCUAAUAACGAAUAUGAUGAUAUUUGCAAAAUUAAUGAAAUUGGAGAAAUAUUAAAAUUUGAAGUUAAGGAUAAUGCUAACAACGAUGUUCAAGUGUUUGUUGAUAUGGAUAAUAGGGAGGUUAUAUGCAAAGAAGAAUCUGUUUUAAUAAAAGUUAAAGAGAUUUUAAGAAAUAUUGAAGAAUCUAUGCUACCUAUGUGUUUUUGA